UUAUGGGGCCCCCGGGCAAUAGGGGAUCAUGGGGCCCUUGUGUCCUUGCCCAAACUCAAAAAAGCCUAUGAAAAAGGUACCAGGGGCAUCUCAUGGGGCCCCAUACUGACCCCGAGCCCUCGGGCAGUGCCCGAGUUUCCAAAUGGUCAGUCUGCCCCUGGCUGAUACUGAGUGCUAUUGGUAUAGAGCCAAAUUAAUAGUGACCAGUAAAGUAUUAAAAAUUACCAAGGAUGAUGACAAUAUUAUACAGAGUAAAAAAAGAAGGAUUUUAUUAUCCAUAUCAAUAGGAAUUAAAACUAUUGUUCAUAGUCAUCACAUUCACACCAAAAUAGUGCAGGACCCU